AUGAAAUAUUUUUCUAAACUAGUUUACUUCUUUUUAACAAUUGGGUCUAAUACAGAGAGAAGAAAAUAGAAGGUAGAUUAUGGGAAUCUGGCUAUGAUAGUAUUUUAUUUUAUUUAAUUACUUGGAUAUGUAUAUAGUUAAUUUGAAAGUAAAACUCAAGUGUUUUAUGAAAAUGAUUAUUUGGCAUAAAUUGGUUAGUAUUCAUCAAUCCCUUUUAUGAUGAUUGUUAUCCAUUAUGAUCCUUUUACAACUUUGGUUUAUUACUGUAUAUUUGGUACAAUGUGUUCAAUCUAUGGAAUUAUAUUAUUUCAAACUCUUUUGAAAGUAAAUUAAGUGCUUAUUAAUUAGCCUUUGCCUCCAGCACAUUUAAUCAAUCGAUUUAUAAAGUUUUACUUUCAGAACUUUUAAUGGUAUUUCUUAACACCUUUUCAUGAAGCUAUGAUUGGCAUUCUAACUUGUGGACGUCUAGCUUACUUGGAACAACAUUCAGCAUUGAAUCCUCGUAGUUGUUUCACUGAAAUAUCUCCUCAUUUUAUAGUCAUUAGUAUUUUAGGACAGAUUUUGGUGAUAAUUUCAGGAUUCCUUUCGUUGUAUUGCUUUAGAAAUUACGAAUUUAUUUAAGGAGAUCUAAUGAGAAAAUUUAGUUAUUUAAAUUUUUUAACCAUUUUACUACACAUGGUAUUACAGAUGGCUUCGUUUUGGAAGGAAAUGUAUGACAAUUUCAAUAUGAUUACGCAUGGAAUUUUAAUGGGCAUAAUGCUUAUUAUUGCAUUAGACACAUUUCUCAAUUUCCCCUUUGGUUUCUCUAGUGAAACAGUGUAUUUUAGCUAGUGUUUGCAAUGUUCAUUUUUUUUUGAAAUUUUGGUUGCAAUUUGGAUUUUCUCUGAUUUAGAUGAUGGUCACAUAUUCUUAUCAUUUUCUAUAGUUGUACCUGUAAGAUUUAAACUUAUGAUAGUUGAUUUUGGGACUUAACCAAGCAUUUUAUGAAAAUUAUAUUGAUAGAAAAUGUCAAUAAUUUGUAAGGCUUCGGUGUAGGAAUAUUAGUGAACAGCCCUUAGAAGUUAUUUGCUAGUUAUGCCAUUAAGAUAUAAAAGAGUAAGGUGAUUAUUUUUUGGUUCUGAAAUAUUUGGGGAUUCAUUGUUAGUAUUGUUCUGAUCUCGUUUGUCCUUGCAAAUAAAAAAUUAAUAAAUUUAUUCUAAAUCAAAAUUAAUUAAGUAAAAAUUAAAUAUAUUUAUGGGUUCAGUAUGAAUUUUAAUAGAUGAUUAAAUCUGUUAUGUAAAAUCCAGACUUGUUUAAUUAAUUUGAGUAAUUGACUAUUAAAUUUGUAACUUUCCUCUAAAAGUACAGAGAAAAUUAAGUGUUAUCAUACAAAAUAAUUCAAGACGUAAUCCAAACAUAAUAAAAAAUGAAUUCUAACAAAACACCAUACUUUUUCAUAAAUCUGGCAAAACAUAUAUAAUACUAGAAUAAAGUUGAAAUGGAGAAUAUCAAUAAAGCAGGAGUGUAGAUAUCACAAUAAGAAUAUUUAACUUUAUAAGAAUUUAAUUUAUUUUAUAGAUAUGAAUCAAGUUUAGUUAAAAAUCUUAAUGGAUUAUUAAUGUCCCAAAAAUAAUUGUGGAGUGAAAAACUGAGAAAUCAAAUUUAAUUAGAAAAGAUUUUAAGAUGUUCUAAAGAUAUAAUGAAAAGAGCAGUAAUUUUGAAGAAGAUAAUUAAAAAUUUUGAGAACUCAAAAGAAUCUCCAGGUAUGGAUACCAUCUUAACCCUUCGAAUAAAAUUAGUUACUAGUUUAGUUUGUAUGGAAGACAUACAUUUGUCAAUGAAGAUUGCCAGGCACAUAUAAAGCUAUGAAACAGACUUAUUCAAUCAAAAGUAAUUAAACUUUAAUUCUUUACAAUUCAUAUAAGGAUAGGCAUUGUCAGUGAUUUCAAAUGUAUCUACUCAAACAUUUGGCCUUAUAUCUCAACAAAUAAAUGAUUAAUUUUGCAAUUUCUUUGGAUAUGAGAGCAGUAUAGGAUAGACAUUGACUAAGAUAGAAUAAUUGUUGCCAAAUAAGAUAGGCAGAAUUCACAAUGGACUGAUUGAGGCUUUUCUAUAAAAAGGUAGAUCAAAUAGAUUGUAUUAAAAUUAAGAGCAGUUUAUAGUAAAUUCUGAUAAUUUGAUUGAAAGGGUGACCAUUUGCUUGACUACUCUAUUUCCAUACUUAAAUGGACAAUACUAAUUUCUAAUAGUUGGCCAUUUAUUAAAAAGGAUGAAAUACGAGAAAAAGGAAAUAGACUAUAAUAAAAAAGGGUACAUAUUGGUUGACUAAAAUUUCCUUGUCUUUGGGUUGACUAGAAAUGUAUAUGAAAGAAUCAAUUACAAAUAUUUUUAUAAAAAUGAUAAAGAUGUAGAAUUGAUACAACCUGAGGAUAUAUACGAUUAAUAUACUAUAUAAUCACUGAUUCCUCAAUUGUCCUUAAUUUUGGAGGAGUAUUAUAAAUUGUUGGCUUUGCGGAACGAGAAGAAAAUAUUGAAACACGAUAUAAUAUGUUAAAGAGAGGUAGGAGUAUUCCAGAUUCAAUCAGUUAAGGUUCCACAGGUCAAGACAAGUACAACAUUUUAAACAAAAAAAAAUACGAAUAAAAACAUGAUGAACAUUUUGAAAGAUGUUAAUUUUAGUUUGGCUAAUCUUCCUACUUUGACAUAAAAACAAUACCCAAUAGAAUAUAGUGUUACAUAAAAGGUCUUAGAUUAUGUUGAGAAGGACACAAUCUGUGAAUUCUUAUAUUUUAUAAUUGAACUUGACUUUUUGGAAGAACCUAAAUUAAAUACAACCCCAUCCUAAGUAAUUGCUCGGACUCCAGCACUCUCUGAUAUAUUAAGACAUCAGCAAAUUCAACUUGAAUAAAUGAGACCUAAUUAGAGUAAUGUAAUAUUAUCUAAUGAUGACAUUAACGAUCAAUUAGAACUAAUGGCAGAGUUAACAAACACAGGAACAAAAAGAAGUUCUUAUGAAAUAGUAGAUCAAUUGGAUAAGAUCAUAGUCUAUAUCAAUGAUACUCUAUUGCCGAAAUCAAUCAAAAAUUUGAUUGCACAAUUCUUAAUACAAAUUUUAGUCUUCGUUGCUAUAAUCGUAAUAAUUUCUAGUCUUUUCAAGUAUAAGAGAUCCAUUUAAUCAGACUGCAUUGAAUAGAUCACUUAUGAUUUAAACUUCUUGGAUGCCUAUAGUUAAGCAAUGUCUGGAUCUAGACAUGUCAUAUACUAUAGAGAUUUCUAUUCUAUUUAGAAUGACUCCCUAAUCUAUUAAAAUCUUAACAAAAUUAACUUCAGUAGAUACGACAAGAUUUAUGUGGCUUGGCAACACAUAUCAAAAGGUAACAUUCGAUUAAAUAGGAUGUACGAGAAUUACAGCAAAAUAGCUGAGAAGAGCCAGAUUAAACUUUUGACUAUAUACUUUGUAAACUUCGACUUAAAGACUAAAAUCCAAUAAGAAGUCUAAGAUUAUUCAACUUAUUAUCAAAUAAUGCAUCAAACCUUCUAUCUUUAAUAUCAAUCAUUUUCCCAAUCUCCUCAAACCUACUUAUCUGGCAAUAAUGACUCAUACCUUACCUAAUUGGCCAGAUCUCAAGUUUAUUACAAUUUUUUUGAUGUGAUUGAAAGUGCUAAUUUCACUCUACAAGACUGUCAAACUUAUAAUCUAUCAAUCAAUAAUUAUUUUGAUACUGUCAUAAUAUUUUACUUUUUAGGCAUGUAUACUAUCAUCGUUUUGGUAUUGAUUUCAAUUAUCAUCCAUUACUAUAGAGUGGUCAAAUCAAUCAAAAUAUAUAUAAAGCUGUUUAAGAUGUGUGAUAAGGAGGACUGUCAACAUAUAAUUCAUUUAUGUGAGUCUUUGAUAAGUAUGGUCAAUUAUGAUAAAAUCUUUUUGAGACAACAGGACUUUAAAAUUAUUUUGGCGUAACCUCGUCAUACUUUAGAAAAUGUUAGAAAGUCUCAAACCAAAACAACCAUCAUUUUGAUAAAAAAGAAACAUCAUCACAAUCAAAGAUCAAUUAAAAAUAGCUAAAAUAACUUAAGAUUUUAUUCCAUAAUUAUGCUUAUUUUAAUAUCAAUAGGUCUAAUCACAUACAUAAUGUCAUUUCAUUUAUAUUUCAUCCAUAUUAAAGAUUCGAUAAGUCCAAUCAGCAACUAAGCUAUUUUAGCACAAUAAUCCAGACUGAAUUUUAUUGCUUCUGUAAAUCGAUUUGAUUUAUACUUUAUAAAGUUGUAUUAUGAAACUUACACAAAGCUUAAUUAAGUAGAUGAAAACUAUUCAUUUACUAGCAAGAACAUUUAGACGGAUACUCAGAUCUUACAGUUACUAACUAUUAAUAUCGAAACUUUAAACUUGGAUCUAGACAGACUCAAGGCAAUUGACUUUGUUGAUUUGAUCUUUCAUAAUGAUCAAACCUACUCUCAAUUGGAUAGCAGUCAAUAGGAUUCAAUAUUGAAAAAUGAUGUUUGCAUUUUUACAGGUUGCAAUAUGCAAACAGAACUCUUCUUUGAUAGAUUAUUCUAAAAUGAGUUGGCUCCUCUAUUUUACACAGGCGUUUUGAAUCUACAUACCAAAAUAUUAGCAUUUAUUUAAGAUGCAUAUUAAGUAGUCUCAUAGGAUUUAAGUGAUGUAGAGAUAAUUAAGAAUUUGGAACAUAUUUUUGCUGAUAGUGAUUAUCUAAUUUACAUCCACUGGGGAUUAGAUGUUAUCCAAUUCUAAAUAUCCUAGUUCAGUUAAUAUUUCUUAGAUAUAUCAACAGAAACCAUCAAUUCUCUUACAUAAAAUAAUCAAUUACUAAUAAUUUCAAUUGGAACUCUUUUACUGAUUCUAAUUUUAAUUUUUUCCAUUAUGUUUGUCAAUAUAUAAUACUAAAGAUAUGUACAAUCCAAAGCUAUAAUAAAGUUCAUUCCCCUUCCAAUACUAUUUCAGAAAAAUAUUCCAAAACAUCUGGAAAGCUUUCGUCGAAAAUAUGAAAAGUGA